GGACCUCGAACCCAGGCCUGCUCUGGAGGGGCCGGGCUAAGCCAACCUGACAGCUCGCCAUGGUCUGGUCUCAUGGGCUCCCGCGCUUGAGCUGGUUUUGAUUCAGACCCAAACGGAUCUGCAGAAACCCCCACCUGACCCCAUGGACGAGGCCUUGGUCUGGUCCCAUCCCUGAGGCCUGUGGCCCCAUUAGUCUGCACCUCUGAAGGUCAAGGUUGGUCCAUCUGGGUCUUUUGCCCUGGCGGAACAAUCUCAUUAAAAAGCCAAGUGUCCGCCCCUGACAACCUGUGUUUGUCCUGCCAUACGCUCCUGGGAGGCGGGCGGCUGACCUCGGUCCCCUUUGGACAUCCUGUAUUUAUUUACCUGGAAAGAAGGGCAAGGAUUAAAGCAAUUUCCAUCCAAAUGAUAGGUGUCCUGGUGACCUGUGUCCUCAAGCAUCAGGCGCAAGAGAGAUGAUGCUCGUUUCACACCACUCUUGCUGACCCCGGGCUUGGCAUGGGUGAUUUCUGUAAUGAGUGUCUUGCUGCUUGAAGUGGUGGUAGGGAGAGAACCGGCAGCUUGGAUUCAGUCUCUCCCUUUCCUUCCAUAGCUUCCGUAACCCCUUAUUUGCUAGCAGGCAGAUGCAGUGCAUGGCGCUCCCCUUACAGAGGGGCCUGUGCUCUUAUGUAGGGGGCACGGAGAGAUUAAAUUUGCUUUUUUUUUUUUUGUGGAGCAGAAGAAAUGCAGAAUCCUGCAGGGAUAACUCCCCUUCCGCUCCCAGGAUUGGGAUGGAGCAGUAGCUCUCAUCUGCUUGGUGGUGGCUGGAGCAGCAUUCUGCUGUUACAAUGAUGGAUGGGUAGUGGAUUGUGCCUGGAACAUCUUGAGCUCUGUUCUUAGCACAGAAAUCAGCCAGGAAGAUGGUUCUGUGCGGGGUGCGGAUCAUCUAGGCAUUUGUCGUUUUCUGCCGUGGGCCAUAGUCCUCUUCCUGGGAUCCUCUUCCAGGGUGCUUCUCUGCUAUAGCACGGGUACCUGGCAAACCCCCGUGACAGUGGUGGGGCCAGUGUUGGCGAUCCUGCCUUUCUGCUUCUGGGCUCUCCAUGCAAGCCAGAGCCAAAUGGACACGCUCCCGAGCGCCAGUCUCAAGAGGAAGUUCGAGGAUGUGGAUGUGGGCUCCCCCAUCUCCAACUCGGACGAUGAGAUCUCCAACAGUGACAGUGCCGACAGCUGUGACAGUGUCAAUCCCCCCAGCUCCACCGGCUUCAUACCAACAUCCAUCUUGAAGAGGCAGAAGCAGCUGCGUCGGAAGAACGUGCGCUUUGACCAGGUGACGGUGUACUACUUUGCCCGGCGCCAGGGUUUCACCAGUGUGCCCAGCCAGGGCGGCAGCUCCCUGGGCAUGGCCCAGCGCCACAACUCGGUGCGGCGCUACACGCUCUGCGAGUUCGCCCAGGAGCAGGAGGUGAACCACCGUGAGAUCCUCCGUGAGCACCUGAAGGAGGAGAAGCUCCAUGCCAAGAAGAUGAAGCUCACCAAGAACGGGACGGUGGAGUCGGAGGAGGCGGAUGGCCUGACCCUCGAGGACGUCUCGGAUGAUGACAUCGACGUGGAGAAUGUGGAGGUGGACGACUACUUCUUCCUGCAGCCGCUGCCCACCAAGCGGCGCCGUGCCCUUCUCCGGGCCUCUGGCGUGCACCGCAUUGAUGCUGAAGAGAAGCAGGAGCUGCGGGCCAUCCGCCUGUCGCGGGAGGAGUGUGGCUGUGACUGCCGCCUGUACUGCGACCCUGAAGCCUGCGCCUGCAGCCAAGCAGGCAUCAAGUGCCAGGUGGAUCGCAUGUCUUUCCCGUGUGGCUGUUCCCGGGACGGCUGUGGGAACAUGGCUGGCCGCAUCGAGUUCAACCCCAUCCGGGUACGCACUCACUACCUCCACACCAUCAUGAAGCUGGAGCUGGAGAACAAACGCCAGGGGGGCCGACCCCAGGCCCUGGAAGAGGAGUCCCUGCCCAGCUCCAGUGGCGACUGGCUGGGGGCACAGCCCUCGGAGACACAGGACUUCCAGGAGUUCAUGGCCGAGAAUGAGACGGCCGUCAUGCACCUGCAGACGGCCGAGGAGCUGGAGAGGCUGAAGGCUGAGGAAGACUCCAGCAGCGGCUCCAGUGUGGAGAGCCUGGGCGUGUGCAUCCUGGAGGAGCCCCUGGCUGUGCCUGAGGGCCUCUGCCCAGGCCUCGCCACCCCCAUCCUCAUCCAAGCCCAGCUCCCACCUGGCUCCUCCGUCCUGUGCUUCGCGGACAGCUCCGAGCCUGCGCCCUCAGCUGCGGGUGACCCGUCCUACUUGAACAAUGGCCCAGUGGUUUACUACCAGGUCGACCAAAGGUCCGUGCUGGGGGCAAAGGGCGAGGGUGCCUCAGAAGUACCAGAGGCGCCGUCUCCCUACACGAACGACAAGGAUCUGGGCCUCCUCUCCGUUCCCGUGGCCUCGUUCGUGCCUUGCAGCAGAGCUGCAGCCCCGGGCAGCAAGGCGGAGAUGGGCAAAGCAGCUGCCUCCACCCCAGAGGCUCCCUUGUCCCCCGAGAGCCGCCAAGCCACGGCUGCCCCUCCUUCCCACACGGACUCGCCAUCCCCAGAGCCAGAGCAUGUCCCAGAGGGCGUGGAGGAGCCACCAGGUGUGGAGGAGCGCACUCUGGGCCCUGCCCUGGCCGUGUGACCCAGCCCUGUCCCUCUGCACUCUUUCUUUGCUGUCUAUUUAUUGACAAGAUAUUUUAUUGAGCAGUGGUGGCAGCGGCACCUCUCUGGAUUAUUUAAUGGGGGGGAGGGCGGGUGCCGGGCUGCUUUGUACAGGUCAUUUUAAAGUAAACCAAUGAAUCUGAGAGCAGCCGGGAGGCUCCCUGUGGUGGCGUCCCUUCCCCUGCUGGACUGUAGGGGUCGGCGGAGCCCCCACUGGUGGAAACAGGGGCUUCCCCCUGUGGCCUCCUCUCCCCUUCCCCUGCCAGACUGGAGGGGUUGGCUAGACCCCUACUGGCAGAACUGGAGGCUUCCCCCUGUGAGCCCCCAUCUCUCCCAGGGACCAUGCUGUCUGAGUCUGUCUCCUAUAAGCAAGCAAUAGUGUGAAGCUGCCUCUCCACCCCUCCCUCCUCGAGCGCCGGACUUGGCUGGGGGGGCCCGCAGUAGUGUCUCCAUCCUGCUUCUCCUGGGUGACAUUCCUCCUGCGUCGACUGUUUCCGCACCUGUCCUCGCAGACCACUGAGGCCUGCUGUGGCCCACUGACCUGCUCGCUGCUGCCUGUACCCUGCCCAGAGAGACCGUUCCUUGUGGAUCCUCCAUCAUCCUCGGCUGGUUCUGUUUACUGUUUCGGCACGCAGCCAUUCGACGCGUGCUGGCCUAAAGCCGCCUGCUUCUGCUAGCAGCUUUGUUCCACUCUCCUGCGCUGUCCCCACCGUGGCCAGCCAGGCCUGAGGGCUGCGGGAGCUCUGGAGUUCAUCAUCGGUUUUUUUUUAUUUUGUUUUUUUUAACCAAUGUUUACUGGGCCUCCACAACUCAUCACUUGUAUCUGACAUGACACUACAGCCUCGGGCAGGGCCACAGCCUCGCUGGUCUUCAGGAGCCACCCCUUUUGGAACUGGGCCAGUCCAGUGGACUGGAGCUUCUCCCUGUGGACGUGGAGGGCUGGAUCAGUGAAGACUGCCACACGCUGGGUGCAGGGGCUGCACCUGCCUGCUCCAUGUUGGUGUUUGCUCCUCAUCUCAGUGUUCUCUGUUCUCCCUGCACAGCACCCAGGUGGGCGGUGGCUCCAACCUUGACAGAAGCCUCUAGCUGUCCAGUGGUGUGGUCAUGGCCUCUGGACGUGGAGGGUGGGAGGGUCAUGUGCAAUGGAACCACAGCCACGGGUGAGCAGGGAGUGGGCCUUGUCCUUGCAAAGCUGCCUGGAAGAGCAGCAAAGGUUGCAAACGUGCAAUAUGCUUGCAGCAAGGGGCAGGGGGAGGGCUGCUGAGACCUGGGCCCCUGUGGCCCACCGCAGUGGGGAGGAAGGUGAGGGAGGGCUGAGGAGAAAGGCAAAGCCCUCCUUGGAGCUGUACUGGGAGCUCCUUUCUCCAGCAGCAAAAGCACUUUCCUCCAAGUCUCAGGCCCUCCUACCAGCAAGGAGCUGGGGCAUGUUCCUGUCCCCCCUUGCCCUGCCACCCCGGCCCCUGGGAGAUUUCUCAGCGCGGUGUCUGUGCUACUUCUUCCCACUGCACAUCUGGGCAGUUGUCUCUGCUCGUUCAUGAUUGUGGCCCUCCCCCAGUCUUAUCCACGUGGCAUAUGCUCUCUUGCCGAGAGGCAGCUUCUUUCUGAAGUUAUCCACCUAAGUUGAGGUUUUGGUGACCUAAGUCCUUGGGAAACCAGGCCAAAAUAGAGGUGAGUGAGGCUGCCCAGAGCCCCCAGCACCCUCCAUUCCCUGGGAAAGGGUAUGAGGUCAAGGUGAGGGACAGCUGUGCUGUGCUUCAGCAUGACCUACAAACCUCCAGCUCCUGCCUGCCAUUGCAGACCUGUAGCCACAACUCUAUCAGCGUAGCUGGGAGGAGCGGAUGGGGUCACUGCCUGGCACAGGCAUAGACACUUCUGCUCCUGCUGAGGGGGUCAGGAAGGUUGUUGUAGGGCACCAAAGAAACGCUGGUCUCUGGGGAUGGUCAAGCAUUGAAACGGGCCCCGUAGGAUGGGUGAUCCUGCCUUGAGUAGGGGGCUGGACUAAGUGACCUCAGGAGGGCCUUCCAGCCUGACUUUCUGAUGAUCCUAAAUGCCCAUCUCCGAAUAGGUGGAGAUGUUUCAAGGUAGGGUCUGAGAUCCUGUCUGGGACUGUGCGUUGGGGCCUUGUCAGCAUGCAGGAUCCCUGUCACCCCCACUCGCUGACUUGGGUGUUUGAAGUGCACUGGGCCCAGGGGUGGGGGCAAAGGGCUAAACUUGUUCUUGGAGAUCAGCUGUAGCAGCAGUGCUUUGCUGCUCGUGCUGUUGGCUCGUCUCUGGGACAGUUUGCUGCCUAGAGCAGGUGUGAUUGCAGCAGGACAAUGCCCAUACUUGAAUACUGAAACCUUGGGCGGGAAGAACAGGUCUCCCCCUUCCCCCAGCAACAUUCCAAGCUGGUGCUGGCAGCACGGAGGGGUUAACUGGGAAAUGCCUCUGAUCAAGCUCCACCUUUUCCACUUGGAAUCAGUGGCAUCUGCCCCAGCGGCCUACGAGGAGACUUCCCUCCUCCAGUUGCUGCUUGGGGACUGACUAGGUAGGGAGUAGUUGAAGUGCUGGCCUGCAGCAUUUUGAAUGUGCCUCCAGCUGUGGGCAAAGGGGCAGCUCUAAGCUGCAAGGAAAAGGUCAAGCAAAUGGCUUUGACCAGUGACUAAUUUUUAGACUACCAUUCCCUUCUCAACCUCGCAUCCUGGCUCAGCUGCCACAGACCAACACAGCCAGGUCGGGAACCUCUGGUGCUGGGAGGCACUGAAGUGGGUUGGAGGCUCUGCGGAGUCCCAAGACGAGUCUCCGCAGCCAGGCAGAGUGGGCGCUUUCCGAGUAGGCAGAGGGGAUAGGGGUUAUUCUAUUUUUACAGAGAACUAUGCUGUGAAUAGUGCAAUGAAAGGGCAUUUCCGCCUUUUCCUUCCGGGUUUUCACUCCCUUUGUGACACUAAUGCUGGUCCCACACACUCCCGAGAACAGCCCCUUUUGUUUUGUUUUUCUCCCUUUGAUUAACCCUGUAGUAAACCAAACAAGCCCUUCCCAUUUCUGGUGCUACUGAGCUGCUACGGGGGCACAGUGCCGCUACCGCCUGUCCAAAAGCUGGUCAUUCAGCCGCUAGUUCCCGAGUUGGAGACGUUUUGGUUCUGACCCUUGCUCCUGUUAAAAUAGUGACUCUGCUACUUUCCUCACCCCCACCUCCAGUCUCCUCUCACACUGUAUACAGGUGGCAUUUUUCAAUGUGAAUCCAAAGCUUGUCAGGUCCUCAGCAUUUUUUUUUUGUUUGGUUUUUGGCCUUUUAGGUUCUUUUCCUUGUGAUAAUGCUGUAUUUAAAGAGAAUAUUUAAGUGUAAAAAUAAAGAAAUGCUCAAACUUG